AUGUCUUACGCACCGCCCACGUUCACACCGGACAGUGAAUUCUCUGAGCAGGAGACCCCUCGAGGCCUGAACAGCAGCUGCCUUUCCAUUACUGCACUCGCCCGGUUCGAGUUUGAGGCUGGCAAGGGCAAUGAAGGCACAAAGAUUCUGAUGAUUGAAUGGGAGGAUGACGACCUAAAUCGAUCUGCAGUAGAGGGGUCAUGGCACGUUUCGUGGACCGGCAAGACUACUGUCAUCCCUGCCGAUGAUCGACCAAGUGAUAGCCUCCGCCGAUUUUACUUCCUUCUGCCGCCCAACGUCACCAUCCCACCUGUAGUUACCUUGUCCUAUGAGCCUCGCAACACAGCCAAUGCCGACGAUAUCCCUUACAUCCCCAGAGUCGGACGCGAUACCUUUCAACUGAAUCCCUUGCCCGCCAUCUUCCCACCCGAACUCGGCGCUACAGGUCGUGCGGCUGGCAAGAAAGGAGUGCUGCACACAAUCUGGGCAAAGAAGCGUCUGCGUGUCCUUGAUCGCGAGAUCGAGGAAGAAUGCCUCAACAAUGCCGAAGGGGUUGCCCUGCACAUGGCGGUACAGGAGAAGGAAUGGAUUGAGACAAACUUCGGAGUCAUCAUCCGCGGCGGUGAGAUUAUUUCGACCAGCAACGACACCUCGGCUUCCACGUCUCUCCACCCCACGGUGCCAGUGACGCCGGUCUCUCCCAUAAGCGGGAGAAAGUUGACCGACAAGCUGAAGGGAUUGAAGCUGCAGACUAGCGAGAAAGACUUGGCAGGAUCAGGGAACGAUAGCUCGGGUCCGAAUACAGCCCACUUGCUUUCGCCACAGUCUCCUGAUGUCGCUGUAUCUUCAUUCAGCUCGUUUAGCAAUGUUGCAAGCCAGCAGGAAACUUUCAUUCCAACGCCAGUCACCAAUUCUGCAACGACUCCAAGCACCCAGACAAAUGAAAAUGGCCCUGAGGGACCGAAAACUGUUGUGCAUUUCCCUCCGUCAUCCUUGCAAGCUGCCCAGCAAAAGAUCGAGCAUAGCGGAUUUGCCUCCUUGGACUCCAUGGACCCCCUAGACUCUAUGGCCCCCCUUGUCCGUACCUCUAGUACAGACUCGGAAGAUCUUUUCGCCAAAGCAUUGAGCCCUCGCUCACCGGACCUUCCCCGCAGCCCAUUCUCAUUCCGUUAA